AGUUUUUCCUCUGUUUUGAGAAGUUUUCCAACAUUUCCAUAUGCUGUUUGCUUUUGAAGAGCAAACAAGAAUUUUCAAAUUAUAUAAAGGAAUAAUUUCUAAGCUCUAUAAAAUGUUUUAAAGUUCAACUGUUUUUUGACAAUUUUUGCUGAAUUAAUAACAGUUCAAUUUGCUACAUCUUCAAUUUGUAUUUUGACCACAUAAAACAAAUCUAUACAAGAUGGGUAAGCGAAUGACUCUCAAACUUGUGAGUCUCCGUUCGGUGAUUCUGUACCUGUCGGCUUUUCUCACUCUCUGCUUCAUGGUCAUGUGUCUUCUCUCAGCCUGGUUCAGCAUGGUCGCCCUGAAAGAGAAAAUAGGAGUGUACAUGAACGAGUUCAAAGCAGCCAAAGUUGAGAGCUACGAAGCGCCGGCUAUCCUAUUCCUCGCUAACGGGCUCUACACGUUCGAAUGUAUUACCAGUCACUUUCGGUUCGACCCGAGACCCGACAACAGUGACUUCGAUUUCGAAAAUCGAGACCCCGAGGAUCCGAGACUGCGAAUUCAGGAGUCGUGUCGGGAGAAUUCAACUCAGUACUCGGUGACACUAGCCGAUUUGACUGAGUUCGAGGACAUCAUAAGUUCGUUUCCCGAUUGGCUGCAGAAGAAUUUGGUGACGACGACUGAUGACUCGGCUUGUCAGGCGGGUGACGAAGAGGCGGACGCGAAGAAGAAGAGACUGAAGAGGAGGAGGAGGGAUCACACUGAUGACCUGAACAGAUGUGACGGCAGGUGUUCCAAGAUCUGGAGCUGUGCAAAUGAGCCACAGGUCUGCGUGGACGACCACACAUUCGAGAUCUGCUUCAGCUCCACCCACCGACUGGUAGAUGAGGAGCCCUGUCUCACCCACAGACAGUGCAUUGGCACAGUGCCCAAGUUCCCUGCCGCCUGUGGCCAGUGGAUAGAGUGCAUGCACCCCGACAGGAUGGACGAGGUCCGCUGUCUUCCUGUGUGGGAUUGUUUUUACUCUGGUGAGCGUGAGUUCGGCACCCUGUGCUACGACAUCUUCCAGUGUCUGGAAGACCAGGUGCAGGACCAGUGCGAGAUCCUCACCACUGCAGAGCCGGAACAGAUCUCGGAGGAGCAGCUCACUCAGGCAUGUGAUGGAGUGGGGGAGCUGUACUCUUCCCAACCUGGAUUGGCAGAGCUGGACAACCAACCCCUGAAGCUAAUCAUCAUGCGGGGUCCUUCGGAGUACAAGCAGCGAGAUUUCAUUUUCGCCUCUCUCCGCCCGGCAGACACGGAGACGGGGGUGUGGGCCACGCUGCAUCCCAGCUACGACGAACUACUCGAAAAGUUCCAAACACUCGACAAGUUCUCCUUCCUUGGAUUCAUCGUGGGGGAUUUCCGGUGGACUUUUCUGGCGCGUGAGUUCCGCUCCUACAACUUCAUGACCAAAACACUCUACAAGGUCAACGAGCUCAUCGAUUCCAUCAGCAUCAGACAGGAGAUCUCGAUGAGCAAACUGAACAUGACGGAUCCGAUGCAGAGCGACUACAGGCCAGUAGAGGUCUACUACUCCUGGAAGGAUGGCUACCAGAUAGAGGGUAGGAAGUUCAUCGCGGUGACUGUAUGGGACGCCUUUUCCUUCGUGGCCGCCACUCUUCUGAUGUUGGAGAGGGCAUGGCUCACUUGGGGCAGACUGAUGAACAAAGUGGUGGAUGCCAAUGCCAAGCGAAUCAUGCAGAAGUACCAGGUUGGCUCACCGGAGUGGAUCAUCUUCAGGAAAAUGAUGGACGAGGGGGGCAAUCUUCUGCAGUCAAUGCUUGUGCUCCGCAGACUGAAGGAGGAGGAGAAACGACAGGCGAGGUUGGCCUACAAGAGGGCACUGGCAGCCAAGAAGCAGAAGGAGAAAGAUGAUAAAUUCAGGAUGAAGUUGGAGAGAAUGCGUGCCCUGAAGUAUGGGGUGGUGUCGGAGGAGGUGCUCAACUGGGACGAGAAGAGGAGGACAGAGUGGAGCAUCUACAAGAAAAUGGUUAAGGAGGACUGGAGGAGCAACCAGAAGUUCUACGAGGAUAUGAGUGAGAAGGAGAGACAGGAGUGGAAGAGGGAGGAGCAGAGACGGCUGGAGAGGGAGAAGAAGUGGGAGAGACAGAUGUCCAAGUACAGACAACAACAAGCUGGAGGCGGCAAAAGUCGAAGCAGCGUGGCUUCUGGCAGCACCAGAGGGGACAAUUCCGACUCUGAUGACCUGAUGAAUGUGUUGGAUAGCCAGGUGGCGACGGAGGCACCCGAGGCCUCGGUGGUGAAUCGGAAGGAGCUGCAGCAGCGCAUGCGACAGAAGAGGACCAAAAAAGUGAACAUGGAGUUCUCUGCGCCCACGGAGCGUGAAGAUAUUGAGAUCACUACUGGCAGUCACGUGAUCAACGACAGUGCCAGUCCAGUCCAGAAGAGUCCCUGGGGCAACAAACUGAACCAGAAGGGGAAGGGUAAACAACAGCAACAAUCUCAAGCGCCCUCCGAGUGGCUCAACAUGUUCGACAAAUGACCACCUCAUAAGAGAUGACAACAACAUGAUCAACAAUUCAGACAAAAAGUGAUCUCUGCAACUACCUCCCUACCUAAGACAAAGGGGGAUACCUUACUAUGUGCGAAACUCGCAUAUACUUGACUGUUAAAUUGAUCCUUGAUAGGGAUAGAUAAUCGCUAUUAUGAGCCAUAGUUAAAUAGUUAGGGAAAUCAUUAAUUAGAUCCCAAAAAGUUCUCAAUUCAAAAAAAAUGGUAUAAAGUUUUCGAAUAUUGCAUAUUUUUGAGUUCCCAUAAAGAUUCCCACCGCUUGUUAUUGAAUCACUGUGAAAAUUUCAUGUUUGUCGAAGAAGUUAUACAGCAGAUAUUACUGUAAUUUAUUUGACCCGACUUGCACAUUGCAUA